UUUGCAUAGAAAUGGUAAUCUCAUACUUGUUCUUGUUUGUGGCUUUCAUCAUAGACCUUGGAGAUGCCCAAAAUAUGUGUGCUGAAACACGUUGUGGAGGCCAUGGCCCAAGCAUCCGAUUUCCCUUCCGACUUAACAACCAGCCAGACGACUGUGGAUAUUCUGGGUUUAAUCUCUCCUGCACUGAUACGAAUCUAACGGUGCUCGAGCUGCCGAUUUCAGUGAAGCUCUUUGUCAAACAGAUUGACUACAAAUCUCAGAUAAUUCAGUUAUAUGAUCCACAUCAUUGCUUCCCAAGACCGCAGCUUCAGUGGCUCAAAGUGUCUAAUUCCUCUCGUUUCCGAUUCCAAGUACAUAACCCUUAUAAUGACCUUUCCGACUAUGCCUUAUUCAAUUGUUCUCCAAGAUCAGAAAACAAAUAUCGUCUCAUCUCUUGUCUUAGUGGCCCAACCUACCAAGUUUAUCCUGCGACAUACAUCACGGCGUCCCUCAUAUCUUGUACAAAGAUGUAUAGUCUUCUAUCAAUUCCAGAUGCCAUAAUAUUCCAUCCCGAUAAAUUUGUCCAAUUGAAUUGGUCCACUCCAGACUGCAGAUACUGUGAAGAGAUCAGAGGUAAGAGAUGUGUGAAGAGUAAUAGCAGUGAAUCAGGAAUUCAGUGCAUUUCUACACAUACUAAAGGUGUAUUAAUAUUGAAGUUAAAGAUUUCUGGUGCCAUCUUAGGUCCAUUUAUUAUAUUGCUCUCAGUCUUUGCUCUCUACCGUUUCUAUAUUUAUGAUAAAGUAGAAAAAGAACAUCGAGCGAAGAUCGAAAAGUUUUUGGAAGAUUACAGAAAUUUCAGACCAACGAGAUACUCGUAUGCUGAUGUUAAAAGGAUUACAAAUCAAUUUGCUGAGAAGUUAGGUGAAGGAGCAUAUGGAAUAGUGUUCAAAGGAAAGCUUUCCAACGAAAUUCAUGUUGCAGUGAAGAUCCUGAACACUUCCAUGGGAAAUGGGGAAGAAUUCAUAAAUGAAGUAGGAACAAUGGCUAGGAUCCAUCAUGUUAACGUAGUUCGCUUGGUUGGUUUCUGUGCUGAUGGAUUUAGAAGAGCUCUAGUUUAUGAGUUCUUACCAAAUGAUUCACUAGAGAAGUUUAUAUCUUCAACGGCCGCCAAGAACCUUAUUCUUAAUUGGAAUAAGCUGCAAGAUAUUGCUUAUGGCGUAGCAAAAGGAAUUGAAUAUCUUCACCAAGGAUGUGACCAACGAAUCCUCCAUUUUGAUAUCAAACCUCACAAUGUUUUGCUAGACCAGAGCUUCAAUCCAAAAAUUUCUGAUUUUGGUCUUGCCAAGUUGUGUUCAAAGGAUCAAAGUGCAGUUUCCAUGACCACAGCUAGGGGGACUGUGGGUUACAUUGCACCUGAAGUGUUCUCUAGAAAUUUUGGAAAUGUAUCUGCAAAAGCAGAUGUUUAUAGCUUUGGAAUAUUGUUGCUUGAAAUAGUUGGAGGGAGGAAAAAUGUCGACAUUACAGUUGAAAACACUAGCGAAGUCUACUUUCCAGAAUGGAUCUACAAUCUCUUGGAACAAAAAGAAGACAUACGAAUCUUUGUUGAGGAUGAUGGAGAUGCUAAAAUUGCAAAGAAACUUGCAAUUGUAGGACUCUGGUGCAUUCAAUGGCACCCAAUGAAUCGUCCUUCUAUUAAAAAUGUGGUUCAAAUGUUGGAAGGAGAAGGAGAUAAAUUAACUAUGCCUCCGAAUCCCUUUGCCUCUGUGGGUCCCAUAAAAAGUAGUGCAAAUAUACCUACAAAACGUCUAAACAAUGAGUUGGAAGUGAUUCCUGAAUUAGAAUAAUUAUAUGUAAAAUUAGCGUAUGUAAUAAUUACUAUAUAUGUUGCAAUGAUCUUGUAAUCCUAGAACUUAUUAAUUUUGUAAUCAAUGUUGGGACUUCAAUUCGAUGAUUAUGAAAAAGUGGCUACUAAUUUUUUUUC